AUAGUGUUUUUAUUUUUUUUAAAUACUCUCUUAUAAGUGAAAGCAGUUUUUCCCUAGAUGAGAUUGUUGACCGAUAUAGGUUAACUUUGUUUGACAUGUCAGAAGUGUUUCUCAUCUAAUUGUGUGUUUAUCAAUUAUUCAAAUCAUUGGUGUCGUGCAUGUAAUUAUAAUGGGUUUAUUAACUGUGCUUAAAAAAUUGAAACAGAAGGAGAAAGAAAUGCGCAUUUUAAUGUUAGGUUUGGACAAUGCUGGUAAAACAACAGUGUUAAAAAGGAUCAAUGGAGAACCAAUUGACACAAUAUCACCAACUCUUGGUUUCAACAUUAAAACUUUGGACCACCGUGGAUAUAAACUCAAUAUAUGGGAUGUGGGUGGUCAGAAAUCAUUGCGCUCGUAUUGGAGAAACUAUUUCGAAUCCACAGAUGGACUUAUUUGGGUAAUAGACAGCGCAGAUAGGAGAAGACUGGAAGACUGCAAAACGGAAUUGUAUAAACUCUUAAAAGAGGAAAGAUUGGAGGGUGCAAGUCUUCUAAUACUUGCAAAUAAGCAAGAUUUACCUGGAGCAAUGUCUACAUCAGACAUUGCAGAAGUUUUAGAGCUGCCUAAUAUUAAAACACACCACUGGCAAAUAUUUAAGUGUUCAGCGGUCACUGGAGAAAACCUGGUAGAGGGAAUAAACUGGAUUGUGGAUGAUAUCUCUGCAAGAAUAUUUUAUAUAGACUAAUACUGCGAACAUACGCAAUUCAGUCUUGCUAGUAUUGUUUUUCUGGAGGAGGUUCUGUGUCAGGAUAUUGAGUUAUAUAAAUCGACUUUAACAGAUCUAGAUUUACAGUGUUCUUUGGACCAGCAAAUGCUUUGGUAAUAGCAUCUAGCAAAGUUGUAGACAGCUUAAGUCUGAAGGAUUUUACUACUUGUAGGAAGCGUGCUGUAAAUGAAAGUUUAUAAAAUAGAUUAGUCAUUCCUAUAUCACUAAUCCAAAUUUGGACAUAGAAGACUCAUGUUAACUUCAUAAAAUGAACUUCCCGUACAUCUAGAGACAAAGCCGUCCUCAAGGGAAAGGAUAAAAUGUCCGAAGUUC